CUUUGGAGACAGUGGCAGGACACCCAGGGCUGCUGUAUCUUGGUCCCCUUGCUCUGAGAGGGAACCGGUGUGGGCACACUGGGCACUGGUGACAGAGCGCCAGGAGCUCAGUCCCUGGGCACAGGCAAGGUGGCUGGGCAGGAGGCCGGAGGUAGCUCAUGCCUUCCCUACCUGGGCCCUGGGAUAGGGUUCCAGGAGCAGAGAGGUCCCAGGGACAGCCAAGAAAAUGGGGCGGCGUGGCCCUGGUGUGCUCUUCCCUGUGCACUUCCUCCCGUUCCUGUUGCUGUCUCCCUCCGUGGUCAGCACAGGGAGCCCCAUGGAAGUUGAUCUGGGCUUCGGAUAUUUAGAAUCCGGGGUGCCAGGACACAGCUUGCACAAGAAGCAAGCAAAGGAGCAGACAUGCCUGAUUGGCUCUGACAUCUACUUCGUCCUGGAAAAGUCCGACUUCGUGGGUAACAACUGGUAUCAGAUUUACAGGUUUAUGAACAAUAUGAUGAGAAGGUUGACAGAUCCGAACCUGCGUGUGUCCUUCAUCACCUACUCCUGCAAGGGCAACAUCAUCCUGCCGCUCACUUCAGACAGACAAGAAAUUCAGAGGGGCCUGGACAGACUACAGUACACUGUCCCUGCAGGUUCUCACUUCCUGGAGGAAGGAAUCCACAAGGCGAAUAUGCAAAUUCAAAAUGUCAACUUCAAGUCCGGAGGAGCCCAGCUGUGGGAGCCCAGUGCCCCCUGUCCCAUCCCGGUCCUGGGCAUGGACACAGUGCCCACCUCAGCAUGGCUCUCAUAG